UCCCCUCUGACCUCACCCCGAGUGCUGGGCGCACCGCGAGGUUCCAGGCGCCAAACUGAGUUACAUUCUAAGUAUAACCUUGAGUGUGCCACUUGACCCUAGUGAGCCUCAGUUUCCACACCCAUAAAAUGGCGAUGGUAAUUACAGUGGCCUCGCAGGGUCUAAUGAGACCUCUGAAGUUCAAACCAGGGAGAUUUUUAUUACUCAUCUCACUGGGAGCGUAUUUAUCUCACGGGAAAAAUAGAGUAAAACUCAUUGCACUGUAAGCUCUGCCGGUUCAGAGAGUCUGUGAUUUCGAUUUCGCAAAUGGGGUGGCUGGGAAGGGAGGUUGGCAAUUAGCUGAGGGGAAAAACUCACUGCCUUUAUAUUUUUACUUGAUUUCAUUGUCAGGUAGGUGUAGGCUGCAAGUUCCCUGUGGUCUCUAAGGCUAGAGUUUGACUCUGGAGACAGGAGAGGAAGAAUGGAGACCUGGCGAAGAGGUCGAGAAGCCUGAGUGAGUUCAACCUUUGUAAUGGUGUCUCUGAACUCCUGGUGAGAGGAUGAUGUGGUCCCUGAAACCAUCCCAGAAAGAAGUGCUGAGGUUUGCGAUCAGCUGCCGUAUCCUGACUCUGGUAUUACAGGCUCUCUUCAAUGCCAUCAUCCCAGAUCAUCAUGCAGAAGCCUUCUCUCCUCCUCGCCUCACCACCUCAGGCCCUCUGGACCAAAUUGUGGAAUUUCUGCUGGGUGGCCUCUCUCACUGGGAUGCUGAACACUUUUUGUUCAUUGCCGAACAUGGCUACCUGUAUGAGCACAACUUUGCCUUCUUCCCUGGUUUCCCUCUGGUCCUCUUGGUGGGGACUGAACUGUUGCGACCCCUGUGGGGGUUACUGAACCUACGGAGUUGCCUGUUGAUCUCAGUAGCAUUGCUCAAUUCCUUGUUCUCAGUUCUGGCCACAGUCGCACUUCAUGACCUGGGUUGUUUGGUUUUACACUGUCCUCGGCAGGCUUUUCAUGGAGCAUUGCUCUUCUGCCUCAGUCCUGCCAAUGUCUUUCUGACUGCUGGUUACUCAGAAGCUUUGUUUGCCCUCCUGACAUUCAGUGCCAUGGGGCAGCUGGAGAGGGGUAGAAGCUGGACCAGUGGGCUCCUCUUUGCUCUUGCUGCUGGUGUUCGCUCCAAUGGACUGGUUAACAUUGGUUUUCUCAUGCAUUCUCAGUGCCGAAGCUUUUUCUCUUCUCUCAUGGUGCUAAAUCCUGUGAGAGAGCUCUUAAAGCUGAUGGGCUCUGUCUUCCUUUCAUUGCUCACACUUGGACUUCCUUUUGUCCUCUUUCAGUAUUAUGCCUUUACCCAGUUCUGUCUGCCAGGCUCAGCCCGCCCUAUUCCUCAGCCCUUACUACAGUUAGCUCUGGACAAGGGCUACAGAAUCACCAAUGGAGAAGAGCCGCCUUGGUGCUCCUGGGACCUUCCUCUAAUAUACAGCUACAUUCAGGAUAUCUACUGGAAUGUUGGUUUUCUAAAAUACUAUGAGCUCAAGCAGGUACCCAACUUUUUACUGGCUACCCCAGUAGCUGUGCUAGUUGCCUGGGCUACUUGGACCUUUGUAACUGCCCAUCCUUGGCUUUGCCUUACACUUGGGAUGAGAAGGAGCAAGAUCACUAAGACUCUAGAGAAGUCUCAUCCUGGAUUCCUCAGUCCUGGAGUGUUUGUGUACAUCGUCCAUGCAGCAGCUCUGCUGCUAUUUGGCAGUUUGUGCAUGCAUGUUCAGGUUCUCACCAGGUUUUUGGGCUCCUCCACUCCUAUCGUAUACUGGUUUCCAGCUCACUUGCUCCAGGAUCAAGAACCACUGCUGAAAUCCCUAGAGACCAUGCCUUGGAAGCCUUUUGCCAGGGACUCCCCACCAGAACAAAAGGUCACCAGAAAUUCUAUCAUGGGACUUUUGUACAACUGGAAAACCUGUUCUCUAGUCACACGAUGCAUUCUAGGCUACUUCCUGGCUUACUGGUUCCUGGGACUAAUUCUGCAUUGCAACUUUUUACCUUGGACGUGACCUGGAGUUUUAGAAGACAGGUUUAAAAAAGACUUAAUCCAGGGUCCAAACAUACAAAUAUACACGGAGCCUCUGUGUACCACCCUGGGACCUCUACUCUGUCCAUUAAAACCUUCCCACCACCUUUGUAGGUUAAUUAAGAGUGGGAUAAAUAAUUGAAUUAACUCAGGGGUCAGGACACACACAUGCCUUACAUGUGUACUGUCCUGAGUUUCAUCUACAAUACUACCCCCAGGAACCACUGAGUGUAGCCUUGGUGAUCCUCAGUACAGCUGGGCCUGAACAGUCAUUGCCAGACUUCCAACAUCUCAUUGUUUGGCCUGGUUGACUGAGUAUCGUGGAGGGCAGGGUGUGUGUGCAUUAGGGCUUUUGCCCCAAGCACUGCUUGGAAAGACCCU